AUGUCGCCCUCAGCGCUUCUAAAGACGAUUCAUUCGUUGAAAGAUUCCACCUUUGAAGCUUGCGCGGCCAUCAGCGCGCACCUAAAGGCAUCAUCAUCUACUUCCAAGACAUCAGAUACGGAUUUCAACGCCACAAAGACUGAUUUAGUCAUCGCUUCAAAAAUUGAUAUAAAAAACUUGGUUGUUGAACUGAGGCUUCUCGGAGGUGCACUUUACAGUCUCGAGUCUUUCAUCACAGAAUUGACAGCGGAUGACACUUCUGGUGACAGUGCACUGGGCGUCACUCCAAGUGCCUCAGGCUCCAACUCCGGAAAUGAAAAUGAACCAGAAUGGCCGUUGAUUGAUAGAUGCGAGAUAGUUGUCUCUGCUCUAAAGUCUUUUCAUGCUCAUGCCACAUCAGAUGGUGUCAAGGCGGCUAGGGCACUCCUCUCAGACGUCCGCUCCAAGCUUGCUUUCGUCCUUGGAUCGUCAGAUACCCUUGAGGAUAUUUCAGUUCAGUUCUCGAUACUUACCACGGACGCGGUCCCGCAGCUUAUGGUUCAGAAGAAGGAUGAUAUCGGAGAUGAGACCCCCGAACAGCAUUACGACGAUGACAAGCCGACUCCCGAAAAUGUCUCCAAUUGGCUCGAUAUCUUGAACUCAUAUGAAAAUGAUCGCGAACCAGCAGAGUACAACAGGGAAGCUGUAUUAUUACAGUCGCGUCGAAUUACUGAGCCAAAGUAUAGGGUCGCAGCUGCAAGAUGGCCAGAGUAUGCCCAAGAAUACUGGCAGACCCUCAGGCCGCAAGUUUGCACACUGUUUCGGAUAGAAAAGUCAUACAACUUUGUGCAAUGGGUCCUGGAAUAUGCCCGGGUGACGUAUCCACGCACCUUGGGACCUCUGGCCCUUUCUCCAAGGCUUCUACUCGAACUAACAGAUGCACUAUGCGACGGGUCUAUCUCUUCACUUCAUAUUGCUGCUGCCCUUGGCUUAUCUAGUCUAUGUCAAGACCUUCUCUUGAUGGGCGCCGAUGUCAAUAAGUCCAGCCUUAUCGGAACGCCGUUAUUCUGCGCUCUCGUCGGCAGUAAAGUCCUUGUUACCCGUGCAGAACCCGAAUCAUGGACCACACUGCUUGCUGCUGGCGAUUCAAAGUCGACGUGGUCAUAUAUUGAUCGGGUUUCAACUGCUAUUCACCUUCUCAGCGCGGGUGCAGAUCGCACCUACCGUUACACCUGGAAGAACGGGACCGAAGAGGCGUCACUGGCAGGCCUAGCAUUUUGGAAUGCCUUGCUGGGCAAGGACGAGGCUGUCUUCUACCAAGUCGUUCAAGGAGGGGAUUUUCUGGAUUCUUCAUUUCGUCACUUCUUGAAGCGCGAGAUCGUGACAAGGCGUGGUCUGCUUCAUCGCGCAAGAUUUGCGCGCCUGCUUACCUACGUCUACGACUUGACAUUACUCGACAUCGAAAAUGACAGUACGGAGUACGUGGAAAUACAAGAUCUCGUGUCCAAGUUGAUGAAGCACGCAAACGUCAAAUUUGCUCCUACAACAGACAAGGGGAAGAUCCGCACGCUAAGUGAAGCCAGCUUUGAAGAAGCCAUUCGGACUGCUAUACUGGAUUUCAACGUGACGUUGUUGGAGCGGUUGAUCAAAGAUCCCAGGUUCGAUCCCAAUUUUCCAUACAACAGUACCAGGGAUGCCGGCACGAUUCUUCACAUGGCUACGGAGAGCGCGCAGCUCGAUAUCAUGGAUCUACUUAUCAAUGCCGGAGCCGACAUUCGAGCUAGAGAUUCUAGCGGUCGUACGCCUCUGAUGGUCGUCGAGGAAGUCGGUCCCCUUGCGAGGCUGAUCCACAAACAUUCAGCUCCUACUUAUGAUACAGACAAUGGUGGUCGCAAUAUCUGGCAUCUUCUCGCUGCUACGAAUGAUGUUGAUAUGCUCAAAUUUCUCUGGGAACAUGACCCGCACAAGAUACGCAACCUUGAUACAGUGUGCAAGGACGAAGGACAUACGCCGUUGAGAGCAGCAUUUGCCUACGUAGAAACCUUGCCGGUGCUCCCUAAAGGCUCAAGGAUGGUCCAUCCUUUAGCAGCUAGGUUUCUGCUGGAAAAGCGCCAAGGGUCUUUGCAGGGAGAGGAUCCCGAACAGCUGGCAAGUUGGGCUGUGCAAUGGGGCGACUGUGCACUUCUUGAAAGGAUAUUCCAGCUCGCUCCAAGCACCAGCAGGGACAACGAAGCAAUCCUCCGUGCGUUGAACAUAGCGGCCUCUUCGAAACUUGUUUCGUUGGUUCUUGAUAGGGGUAAACCCUCUCGGCCAUUCCACGAUGGUAUGACGCCAGCAGAGACAGUCAUUACGAACACCAAACUCUCGCGACAGCGGUUGGGAUUUACCACCAGACCAAGUGCCCAUCCAUCUUGUUUCCCCAACAUGACGCGCGAUGCUUAUAUGCAGCUACUUACUCCUGAGGUUCUCAGCUCCCGAGACAAUGACGGUCGAGGUCUCUGGGCACGCUUCUGUGAUGACGUGCUUCCAAUGGUCGAGAGCCCAUCAGCUGAUCAACCUACAAACAUGUAUUUCUUACAUGGGUUUGUGCGUAUGGCCAUAUCAUGCUUACUUCAAAAGGGCGCUCUCUUGGACUAUGAGAAGGAGACUGGCGAGUGGGCGAUUGCACGAAUCUGUAAGAAGGCACACGGUGCCGUCACCUGGACACCUUCAAAAUUACCAUUUAUUGCCGCUGUUCUAGAAGCAUCUUGGGAUGAGAGUCAGGGGAACCCUGAAGAACCAAGUAAACUUGGCUCAGGCGAAUUCUUUAAAUCAAGAGACGCUGCAGUGCUUCUCGCAAGGACUGUGACUGCUCGAAAACCAGAGAUUGUCAAGCUACUUGUUCAGAGUGGUAUCAACGUGCACAAGCCGUGGGAGAGUUUUGGUGGCAGAUCAGUUUUCGAAGACUUCCUGGCUGAUGAGCCUAUAGAUGUCUCGAUGAUCAAACCGCUGCUCAGCAAUACAAGACCACAAGACAUUAUCGAGAACCAACAUUACACUUUCCGAGAGAUAUUGUGUAUAGAAGACGAAAAGAUCGCUACGGAUAUAGUCGAUCAGCUCAUUGAUUGUGGAAUGGAUGUCAAUAAUCUUAAAGUCAACAGAACUGAUGUCGCACGUCUGCUUAUCCGCCGCGGCGCAGAUGCCAGUUUGGCGCCACCGGAUCACAUCAAUGGCUUUAUGUUGGCCGCCAAAAUUGGCAAUGUGAUUGUGCUUGAGACUAUCAUCGAGAGAGCGCCUCCUAAUUUCGAUUGGCUCUAUCGUUUCAGAGCUGUCGAAUAUGACGAUGUCUACAACGCACUCCAGUUUGCUGCAGUCGGGGGUCAUCGCGAUGUUCUUAUGGCGCUCUUGGAAGCUACGCCGUUGGCUAAAGAGGUCAAUACUGUUAGUCCAGUACAUGGUAAAGCCCCAGCGCAUUUGGCUGCCAAAGCUGGAUCUUUGGACUGCAUCAAAGUCUUGACCAGGUUCGGUGCAAACUUGUUGCUCAAAGACUCAUCGGGCAGGACUCCAGCCUUCUUGUCUAUGCUGGGACGCAACCGAGAGAUGGCCGAGUAUAUCAAUGAUCGUCAACCGGGUGCUACUGGUGGCCAGCAUCUUGCUAUUCCAGAGACCCGUCCUGGAUCAUCAGCAUCGUUUGACACCUCGAUGGGAGAAGCGUCUGAUGACUCGGAUGAUGAUGCGGAAAACAAUCCAGAUCAAGAUUCAGAUCCAGAAGCUCUGGGAGACAUGGUGUCGCAUGCGAUUGACCAUUACCAGCUUAAAGAGAGUGGCCUAUUCCGACCAUUUCUCGAUCUCACCUCAAAGCAAGAUCUAGAGUCUGCCAUCAUGCCUUGUGGAGAUUGCACUCUCCUCAGUUAUACAGCGUCCAGGUACCUCAUGCGAUCAAUGAUAGAGCUUCUGGACUUGGGCUUCAGAGGAUUUGUGACCUGCUGUCUUGACCACUGGCCUAACGGCUACAACGCGUUACUCCAAGCUGCCGCGGACUUGCAUUCACUCAUGGCAUUUGACAUGUUUACGUCUCCUGAAAAAGCAUACACUUUCUUUGAAAAGUGCUUAGACGCAUAUCUGGAAGAAGAGAGACUUUGGUUUCACUUGAAAGUGACCCCCCUACACGCUCUGUUCAACAACAAACAACUUGUUCCGGAUGGAAGUGCGGAGCAUCAGGCCAACGUUCUUCAAAUUUUUAUCAAGCAUCUACAGGACAAUGCUGGACGAUACUGGGCUUUGAUGGAGAAACUUGGAUUCGUGGAAUUGUCCCACUUCAAAGAUCACGGUGAUGUUGAAACCAGAGUCUUACGCUCUGUCCUCAACAUUCAGACUGAACUAAUGCUCGAUGAUACUAUAAUUGGAGCCACUCCUUUGCAUAGUCUGGUUCAAUUUUACAUCAAAAAGGACCCUGCGACGAUCAACUACGAACAGGUUUGCAAGAUGGCUAAGCUCCUCAUCGACUGCGGAACAGAUAUCGAUGCUCAAGAUGAUAAUUCGAACACGGUCUUACAUUUUGCUGCACAGUGGCGUCUUGUGCCUUUGGUUGACCUGCUUCUGGAAAGGGGCGCCAACCCAUAUCUUCUUGACGAGCAUGGUUUAUCCCCGUUGGCUGCGUCAUUCGUGCAUGGGACGCUUGAUUCAACUCGUGUGUUUUUCAAACACGGCUUUGAUCUUACAAGUGUUACUGUGUAUGACUUUGAAGACCCCGAAUAUUUUGACCUUGAUACAAUGCACGUAUUGCUGCAACAUGGUCUGGACCCUCUUGUCCCUGAUUCAUAUGGUAAUAUCACUCUCACAACCAUGAUCAGCCGGGUCAAGAAUCGAGCUUAUGCUCUGAACGGAGACUUUGACUUUUAUCGACUUGCACAAGAGCAGCCUGGCUUCUUGGCAAAGAGUUACUACGGACUCUACAGUCCAGCCCCCGGGGUUUUCCCUUUGAAGGCUAUAAUCAAGCGUAUCCCGAAGGAAUACCGUGCCCGUGUUAUCAACUACGAGCCAGAGCUCUUCAAUCUUAACGUGGGCUUUUUGGCUAUUCGUGAGGACCAUGCUGAGGAGUUGGAGACGUUGAUCGAAGCUGGAUUUGACAUCGAGUCCGAUGGGCGGAAGGGGUCGGCACUGGUGUAUGCCUGCAGUGUUGGGGCGUUUGAGUGUGUCAAGCUUCUUGUUCGAAGCGGUGCGAGGAUAUCAUACCUCGGCGUGGGCACACGAGGCGAGCCUGUUGUCAGGUCUGCACUGAAAGAAGCAGAACGAUUUCCCAAGCUGGUGCAGUGGCUCCUUAUCGGUCGUCAUGUUACGAAAUGUCUCACAGAGAAGGAGCAUAACGGACCGGAUGUUGCUAUCAAGCCAUGGUCUGGUCCUCGCCAGGCGGCGUACAAGUGGACCGGUAUCCAGCUGGAGUUUCCUCGCUUGAGAUCGGAGAAGAAUGAGAAUUACUAUCUGGAAAGAAUUGCGGAGGUCAGAGAGGGCUUGCAGAGGGAUAUGCCAUUUCCCUUGCCUGUCACUCUCGUGGAAUAG